ACCUGCACAAAGCGAACCUCUUUCUUUUCUCUCCCCCUCAGGAGAACGGAACCUCUCGCCGCCACUUUCGAGGAAAGAAAAGAGCCAAUGGAGGUCGCCUUCGCUUGAUCCGCUUGUCCCAGGACCUCCGGGAAGCUUCGUGCCUCUCCGAAGUGCUCGGUCCGUGUAGGUUUUCAGAUCGAUCUGAUCUUUGCUGCGGAGUUUGAUGGCAUCAGAGGAUGUGGUGGGGAAGAGCACGGGGGAAUCGGCGGUGACGACGAUAGUGAAUCUCGCGGAGGAGGCGAAGCUCGCGCGAGAGGGAGUCAAGGCUCCCAGUCACGCGAUCCUGAGCAUCUGCAAGUCCCUUGUGGCCGGUGGAGUAGCGGGAGGAGUAUCAAGAACAGCUGUUGCUCCACUUGAGCGGCUAAAAAUCCUAUUGCAGGUUCAAAACCGCCAUGCUAUUCAGUAUAAUGGAACUAUUCAAGGGCUCAAGCAUAUAUGGAAAACUGAAGGUUUUCGAGGGCUUUUCAGAGGCAAUGGUACUAAUUGUGCACGUAUUGUCCCAAACUCAGCUGUAAAGUUUUUCAGCUAUGAACAAGCAUCAAGUGGAAUUUUGUGGCUUUACCGGCGUCAAUCUGGAAAUGAAGAUGCCCAACUUAGUCCUGUAUUACGUCUUGGUGCUGGAGCAUGUGCUGGUAUAAUUGCUAUGUCCGCUACUUAUCCAAUGGAUAUGGUCCGUGGAAGGAUUACAGUUCAGACCAAAAACUCACCUUACCAGUACAGAGGAAUGUUUCAUGCAUUAGGCACUGUUUAUCGUGAAGAAGGCUUCCGUGCUCUGUACAAAGGGUGGCUUCCAUCUGUCAUAGGAGUAAUUCCAUAUGUUGGACUCAAUUUUGCGGUCUAUGAGUCAUUAAAGGAUUGGCUAAUCAAAUCUAACCCAUAUGGCCUUGUCCAAGACUCGGAAUUGAGUGUUGUCACGAGGCUUGCUUGCGGUGCUGCUGCGGGAACGGUCGGUCAAACAGUUGCCUACCCUCUAGAUGUCAUUCGCAGAAGAAUGCAAAUGGUUGGUUGGAAAGAUGCUGCCUCAGUUGUGACAGGGAAAGGAAACAGUAAAGCUCCCCUGGAAUACACCGGAAUGGUCGAUGCUUUCAGGAAAACUGUGCGUCAUGAAGGCUUUGGGGCCCUAUACAAGGGUCUUGUACCCAAUUCAGUAAAGGUGGUACCAUCCAUAGCAAUUGCAUUUGUGACUUAUGAGGGUGUAAAGGAUGUUCUUGGAGUGGAAAUGAGAAUAUCCGACUAAAACUUGAAUUAGGAGCGGGAGUAGUGGUAUUUUGCAGGCGUUUUGGCUGUUGUCCGUGUAGGUUCAUUAAAUGGGAGGUCGGGAAUCUAUACGCCGGAAGAUCGAUGCCCAGCUAGGCAAUCUAGUUUGCCACCUGGAAUCGAAAUAGUUUAUUUGCUUGAGAGAACACGUAGCUCUCACGGAAUGCUUUGAGAAUACUUUUUUCCUUUUUAUGCUCGACGAUGAAGCCCAGGGCAGUUUCUUUUCCUUUGGUAGUUUUCUAUCUUAUGUUUAGUAAUAAAUAUGAUGUGAUUGGUAUCUCCCUUGUACGGGUUACCCGUGAUGAUGACUUAAAUGGAGAAUUAAGACUUUUUUUUUUCUUU